AUGGACGGCCAUAUCCGUAGCUCCCGUGAUAAGUUGAUUGGUUAUCCUCCCAAUUCCAAGUCAAAAGGUGGUCGAAAAGGGAUUAACAAAAAUCAGCAACAACCGAGAUCUUCAGUUCAUGCUGUUCUCAAAAGUGAUCUAGGAAAUCAACUUGUGCCGGGCAAUGACCGCGUCCAUGACCCAGUUCCACCAAUGGUUGCACAAUCCGAUGGCUUUGUUUCCCCUCAAUUGACUCAAGAACAAGUUACCCAACUUCUUACUCUUCUUCGUCAGCAAAGUUGUUCAUCCACUGAUCAUCGUCUCUCAGGUAUUCGUUACUGUCUUCAUGUUACAAUUUAUAAUGACGUGUAG